AUGUUAUAUUAAACGUAAGUUUUUUAUAUAGAACAAAACAUAAAGUGAAUAUUUUAUGAAUGAUUCCCUUGCAAUAUCAAUCAUGAUCAUAACCAGUUGGGCUAUGUGUAGAUGGUUGAUUUAAAUUAUGGACCGUAGAUCUGUUAUAAUAGUUCAAGAUAAUGUUAAGAGUAAAAUUCCAUUCCUUGAAGUAGAUUUGUCUCCAAGUCCACCAAAGCGAACAAAGCAUACUGGUCAUUUAAAGUCCACAAUCCAGCGUCCUUUUAAAAAAGAUUUAGCAGAAGAAGGUGAAAUUCUUUCGAGUCCAGAACCAACUGAAGCUGAAGUGGUUAUCAAUCCCAUAAUGAGUAGUCCAGAGGAUAUUUUUGCAAGUGAAACCAAACUGCAAAAGGUUGAAGAAGAAAAAAAGCUCUUAGGUGUUUCUGAAGAUUAUAAAAAACAAACUGUUUUAAGUCACAAAAAAAUUCUUUCAGAUGAUUCUGAUCGUCUUAGUGAUCACCUUGAAACAAGUGUUAGAAGCAGAAUAAAUACUAACAGGCUACAUCAAGAAAAUUAUCACAAAGAAAAAUCUAGCUAUAGCGAAGAGCACCGGUCUAGUAAAAUUUAUAAUUUGUAUGAAGAUAGUACAAGGAAAAGACCAUAUAAUGUAUCAGAUGAGCGAAAAAAUCGUUCAGAUUCUGAAUUAUUAGAUCAUGGACAUUUUCAAAAGUAUAAUAGUAAUGAUUUAAUUGCACGUAAUGUCAAACAAAAAGAUGAGACUUUUAAGAAAGUCAAAAGUGAAGUACGAAAGAAAGAGAAAAAAUAUAAGAAAUCAGAAGAAAAAUACCAGAAGAAAAAAAAAAGUAAAAGAAAGUUAACACCAGAGAAAAUUCAGCAUCACGAAAGUGUAAAAUUAGAAAAGUCUCCAAGUAUGGAUUAUGCAUUUAUUAGAAAAAAUGGUGAUAUUGAGCCAAUCACUUCUGACUCUUCAUUAGAUUCUUUUUCACGAAGUCCUUCUAAAUCUCCAACUCCUCUUCGUUCUCGAUCUCCAAGUCAAUCUCCUACUCUCUCAGAUAAUAGAUCUGAUAGUGAAUCUCCAUCACCAUUGAUAAGUCGGUCUCCUACUCCAAAAUUAUCACCACCUCCUCAGCGUAAGCGUACCUAUUUACCAGCUAUAGAAGGAUGUAGAAGUGUAGAAGAAUUUACCUGGCUAAAUAGAAUUGAAGAAGGGACUUAUGGUGUUGUUUAUAGAGCUAGAGAUAGAAGAACAGAUGAGGUUGUUGCAUUAAAACGCCUCAAAAUGGAACGAGAAAAAGAGGGUUUUCCAAUUACAUCACUUCGAGAAAUAAACUGUUUAUUAAAAGCACAGCAUCCAAAUAUUGUAACAGUCAGAGAGAUUGUUGUUGGAAAUAAUACUGAUAAAAUUUAUAUUGUUAUGGAUUAUGUAGAACAUGAUCUUAAAUCACUGAUGGAGACCAUGACACAACCAUUUCUUGUUGGUGAGGUAAAGACAUUGAUGCUUCAACUCCUGCGUGGUGUGCGCCAUAUGCAUGAUAAUUGGAUACUACACCGUGAUAUCAAAACAUCAAAUCUUUUACUCAGUCACAAAGGAAUAUUAAAAAUAGGAGACUUUGGGUUAGCUCGUGAGUAUGGUUCACCUUUAAAAAAAUAUACUUCCAUUGUUGUGACACUAUGGUAUAGAGCACCUGAACUACUUCUUGGAACAAAGGAGUACAGUACUGCAAUAGAUUUGUGGAGUUGUGGGUGCGUAUUUGCUGAAUUACUUACGAUGAAAGCUUUAUUUCCAGGAAAAUCUGAAAUUGACCAAAUAAGUCGCAUAUUUAAGGAAUUAGGUACACCAAAUGAUAAGAUUUGGCCAGGACCACCUGCUUAUUCAGAAAUGCCUCAAGUACAAAAGAUGAAUAUUUCUCACCAUCAUUAUAACAUAUUGCGUCAAAGGUUCGGUGCAACUCUUACUGAUAUUGGAUUUGACUUAAUGAACAGAUUAUUAACGUAUGACCCAGGUCGAAGAAUAACAGCAGAUGAUGCAAUGGCUCAUGCUUACUUCAAGGAAUCGCCACUUCCUGUUGAUUCUUCUAUGUUUCCAACGUGGCCAGCAAAAAGUGAAUUGGGGCAUAAAGCUAUGAAGAAAAAUGCAAGCCCCAAACCUCCUGAAGGCGGUCAGUUUAAUGAAAAAUUGGGAGAAGAUAGUGGUUUUCAAAUGAACUCAGCUACAAAAGGUUCCGCUGCCAAAGGAAUGGGAUUUAGUCUUAAAUUUUAAACUAUCGGCUAACAGAAUCUUUUUUGUUUAUUUAUGAAGAAACUUUAUAAGACAUUUUUAACUUAUUAAUUUAAGAAAAGGCAUAAUUUUCGACA